AUGACUGUUGCAGAUAGAUCGCUGGAUGUGCUGAUAGUUGGAGCGGGCAUUGCUGGCCUCUCGGCGGCCAUUGCCCUUGGAAAGCAGGGUCACAGUGUUGUUAUCUUGGAAAAACCGGCGUUCCUGAAAGAGGCCGGUGCGGUGAUCCAUUUGCCUCCGAACUGCACGGCAUUGUUACAAUGGAUGGGAAUCGAUCCGACGGCGUUUGGAAGAACCCUUCUCAAUGAGAUUCAUCGAUACGGAUCUGCGGGCGAUCUCAAGUAUAAGAAAGACUUUGCUGGAAUUUGCGAUACCUGGCAAGCAGUUUUCAAUCUAUGUGCGUUCAUGCCUUCCAAUGAGGUGAAUGACGAUACCCAGAAGGAUGAAUGGCAGACAGUGGGUGAGAAGCAGACCAUUGUCCAAGGGUUCUCAAAGUUCCAUCCCGGAGUGCAAAAGAUCGUGGAGCACGCAGAGGCGAAUUUGAAGGUAUGGGAGCUUUAUGAUAUGGAGACCCUACCUACCUGGACCUCCGGCCAUGCGGCUCUGCUGGGCGAUGCCGCUCACCCGUUUCAACCAUAUAAGACUGAGAAAAAUUCUCACCCAAUUGGGGGGGGGGGGGGCACGGCCAUUGAAGACGCUGUCGGAAUUGCAACUCUACUUCCUCUUGGUACCCGAUCGGAGGAUAUUCGAGAACGUUUGGAGAUGUAUCACUCUUCCCGAAAGCCACGGGUUAGAAUAAUUCUCAACUUCACUCGCUUGAACGGGCGCGAUGAUAUUGACGCCGCUGGUGCGAGAAUCCCUCCCGCGGACAUGGUCAAAUUCAUGGGAAUUUGUUUUUCUUACGAGAUCGAUCAGUGCAAGAGAAUCCUGGUCGAGCAGGAAGGAGACCAGCAGGGGGAUUCGACUGGGAUGAAAACCAAUCUGUUUGAUAGCAUCAUUUCCUGGACAACGUGGAGUUUACUCCGGAUCUAA